AUGAGGCGCUGGGCGCGCCAGGCGCUUGCUGGUGUGAUGGCUGCCUGUACUAUGGCUGCCUGCACGCCUGCCGUGCUGCUGCCCUGGCUGCCAAGGGUGGCUGCGCGCCGCCUCAGCCGCCGUCUGCCCCUGCUCUGCAGCUGCUGGGCCCGGGGGCCCUCGCCGCGGGGUUACAGCAGCGGGGCGGGUGGGAAGGGUCUUGUUCUGGGAAUCUACUCAAGUGAAAAGGAUAAAGGUGCUACCCAGUUCACUAGUGCAGGAGAAGCUUUUGAUAGACUUGUGUCUGGAAAGCUGAGAGAACUUCUGUCUGUGUGUGGGCCACCUUUAAAGAAAGGCAAAACACGCAUGUUCCAUGGUUUGCAUCAGGACUUUCCAAGCGUGGUUGUAGUUGGCUUGGGUAAGAAGAAUGCUGGAGUAAACGACCAAGAAAACUGGCAUGAAGGCAAAGAAAAUAUCCGUGCAGCUGUUGCAGUUGGUUGUAGGCAGAUCCAAGAUCUGGAGAUCCCUUGUGUUGAAGUAGACCCCUGUGGAGAUGCUCAAGCAGCUGCAGAAGGUGCUGUCCUUGGAUUGCAUGAAUAUAAUGAGCUGAAGCAGAAAAAGAAACCUGUAGUUACAGCUCAGCUUCAUGGAAGUGCAGAAAGUGAAGCCUGGCACAAAGGUGUUCUCUACGCAGAGGGUCAGAACCUUGCUCGGUACCUCAUGGAGGCUCCUGCUAAUUAUAUAACUCCAAUCAAAUUUGCUGAGCAUAUUGAACAGAAGCUCAGAAGUUUCAGCAAUGUCAAGGUCCAUGUAAGACCAGAGUCCUGGAUAGCAACACAACAGAUGGGAGCAUUCCUGAGUGUAGCCAAGGGUUCAGCUGAACUUCCCAUCUUUCUGGAGAUUCACUAUUCAGGUGGUGCCAAUACAAGUGACUCCCCAUUGGUACUUGUAGGAAAAGGAGUUACAUUUGACAGUGGUGGCAUUUCACUGAAGCCAUCAUCAGGUAUGGAUGCAAUGAGAGCAGAUAUGGGAGGGGCAGCAACUAUCUGUUCAGCCAUUGUGACAGCUGCAGCUUUAAAUCUACCUCUUAACAUAAUUGGUUUGGCACCCCUCUGUGAAAAUAUGCCCAGUGGUAAGGCAAGCAAACCUGGGGAUGUAGUUAGAGCCAAGAAUGGAAAAACGAUACAGGUGGAUAAUACAGAUGCAGAAGGCAGACUGCUGUUAGCUGAUGCUCUCUGUUAUGCUCACAGUUUUAAUGCAAGGGCUAUUGUGAAUGUUGCAACAUUAACAGGUGCCAUGGAUGUUGCAUUGGGGUCUGCUGCAACUGGAGUGUUUACAAACUCAUCUUGGCUUUGGAGUCACCUUUAUGAGUCCAGCAUUUUGACAGGCGACAGAGUUUGGAGAAUGCCUCUUUUUGAACAUUACACAAAACAAGUAACAGACUGUCCUCUCGCAGAUCUGAGUAACAUUGGAAAGUACAGCAGAGCUGGAGGAGCAUGCACGGCUGCUGCGUUCCUGAAGGAAUUUGUGACUGCUUCUCACUGGGCUCAUUUAGACACAGCUGGUGUGAUGUCAAAUAAAGAUGAGGUGCCCUACCUUCGAAAAGGCAUGGCAGGGCGACCUACGAGAACGCUAGUAGAGUUUGCUGCUCGAUUAAGUCAAGACAGUCACGGUACCAAAUAAAAUACACCAAAACAGUCUAUU